CACGUGUGAUACACAAUGGGUCGUUCUGAAGAGCUCAGUGAUAGCGCGGUGCUGUGAUAGGACGCCACCUCUGCAAUAAGACGAUGUACGUCGGCUCGUUUGCAGUGAAGGAAGCGGACUACCGGAGGAGAGUAUGGAUUAUAGAGGAGCAGAUGCGCUUCCUGAAGGACCAGUCCCGGCGAAAAGCUGUGAUCCUGAAGUUCUGUCUCCAGGGAGUGAAGAUGUAUGACGCCGAAGGAGAGACACUGUUAAUGGCUCAUGCGCUGAGACGUAUUCAGUAUACCACUUGCAGACCUGAGGACCACCAAUUUGCCUUUGUGUCACGUAACCCACACAGACCGGCCAACCAACUUUUCUGCCACCUUUUUGUGGGCAGUGAGGCUCAGUGUUUGAACCUGUUGCUGUGCCGCUCCUUCCAGCUUCAGUACCUCAUUACACACCCAGAGGCAUCGGUGAGCACAGGCGCCAAGGUGCAGAGAAGGGGACCAUGCGCUGGGAUUGUGAGGGCGCCCCUGGAUCCCGAUGAGGUGUCCCAGAACGUGAAUGCCUUGGUGUCUUUCAGACGACUGCCGAUGGUCGGAGAGGUGACGUGCACCAGCAACCAAAGCGAAGCAUCGAAUGGAGACAAUGUCCCCAGGAGCUUAUCAUUAGAAUCUCCAUACUGCUCUCCCACCCUGGUACGUAAGAAAGCAAUUCGCAGCAAGGUCCUUCGCUCCGGAGCCUAUCGCUGCCCAAACUACAAGGCCCAGCUCCAGGAAACAGGCAGAACUGGGGCAGCAGGUAUUGACACAAGUCUCGCCCUACUGAAAGAGGAUCGUAUGGGAGCCUUCCUAUUCCAGGGAGAUCUGCGGAGUGCGGGAGAGGUUACGCUGUUCAUGAGCACGCAGUGCGGAGUAAUCCCUUACCGGGUGUACAGAACCCCCCAGGACAAGUACUGCCUCCAGAACCUCGCAAAGGAAUUUCCCAGCCUCGCGGCUUUGGUAGACCACCAUUCUGGCACAGACGGCAGCCUCUUCUUCCAGCUGGCUCACGGACGAGUUAAUCCAUGUUAUGAAGCGCAGGACACUGAGACCAGUGAGCAGAAGCCAGAGGGGCCUGUACAGACAGACGCAGCCACAUAAUGCAGGACUUUCUGUAUAUUACCGUGUGUCAUCCUAGUCAUACAGUCCUAGGUACAGACAGACGCAGCCACAUAAUGCAGGACUUUCUGUAUAUUACAGUGUGUCAGACCCGGCUCCUAGUCAUACAGUCCUAGGUACAGACAGACGCAGCCACAUAAUGCAGGACUUUCUGUAUAUUACAGUGUGUCAGA